GCUCGGAUAAAAAAUAGUGUUACGUUCCGGAAGGAUAAAAUUUUACUUUAUUGAAGUGUUUGAAUAUUUAAAUAUAUUAUAAUAUAAAUAUCUUUUUUAGUAGGUUGCUUGGGGAAAUGAUCAAUAUAUCAUACAUCGGAAUCAACGCCCGUCCUGUCUACGCUUUGCAGUACUCCUUCAGCAUUAACCGAUGCUAUCACUUUAUCUGAAUUUAAUUCAAUCCCACGGAUUUCAAAUCCAAUAAUUGGAAUAUCAUCGAAUCGGGGUUUAUGUUCUUUUUAAUUUGCGAUCCGAGAAAAUGGACAAAUUCUUCGUUGUUAAUUUUGAUUGUAACAACAUGCUGUUGUGUGAUUCCCAACCGAAUCGCUAGGAACAGCAAGACAAUUAAGCUUAAUUUCUGGCAUUUUGCUUUUCCCGUAAAUUUUGCGGGAAAGUUGAACCGAAAACAUAGGGAUAAAAAUAAUCUCACAUUAAAGAAAUAUUUUACAACUGAAUAUCCACUUUUGAUAUAUUAAAUCAUAUCUUAGAUAUUAUAAUUAUAAAAUUUAUUUUUCCAUUUUCUUUCAUCUGCUCAUGAUCUUUUCUCUAUCCACUUAUACAUGCUGAUUUACUUUAUAAACUAUCAAGGAGUGGACUUGUCAUUUUUCUAUAGAUUUCGCCCACGUUGAGCUCUUUUUAUUAACUUUAUGUAUUUGUGUUAUAAGUUUGGUGUGGGGUGUGACAUGUAACCGUGUAUCGAAAAAAAAAGCUAUAUUGAUGUUUGCUAUCAAUUAGAUAUGAUGUCAUAUGAUGUCGAAGUAUAAGAGAGAUCUUGCAAUAAAAUGAAUCGUUGAUAAAUUUAAAAAUUAGAUAUAUAAUCCUUAUGUAAAUAUAAUAUGUUGACGAAUAACCCCAGAGCAGCAGUGUGUCACGAUAAAGCGAUUUUUUUAUUAAGAUUUAUUUUAUAUAUGAACAUAUAAAAAUCGUUAUAUUAAACAUAAAAAUUUCGAUAUAGCGAUUUUUUU